AUGGCUAGAGGUCGAGGUCGCGGAAGCACAGGGCGUGGAGGCAAGUCUGCAGUUAGGAGUAAUAAUGAUGUUACUGCAAACAUACCUACUAUUCCUACACUUGCUAUUGUUACUUCUCAAGCUAAUGUCAUAGCUUCUAGUGAUGGUAGCAACCAUACAACUCCUGAAUCAUCUCCGACUGCUCUAAAUCAGUUCAACAGAACAAGAGAAGGUACAGCUACUCUAAGGAACCAAAUAGAUAUAAAUCAAGGAAGAGGUACUGGUCGAGGAAGUAUAGGGGGUGCGGGCAAGUCAGCAGCUAGGACUAAUAUGCAUGUUCGUACUACAAACAUACCUACUAUUCCCACUCCUACAGUUACGCCACAAACAGCUGGUGGCGUAGGUUCUCCAACUUCUAAUCAUUGUAGUACGUAUCCUACUACUCCAAAUCAGACCAACCCAAAAACUGUAGGUACGUCUUCACAAACCAACCAAGUAGGUGAGGACAUAUCUCUUCGCACCACAAAUGGAGAAAGUAAUUCCAGUCAAAGCCAUGUGCGGACCCUUGUUACUAUAACUUCUGUAGGGAUACACGAGUCUUUCAAAAGUGAACUUGAUGAUAAUGGAGUCAAUUGGAAAAGUGUCUCAUGUGACAUAAAAGAUGGCUAUUUUGGGGAAUUCAAGAAAAACGUCUAUUGGGAUUUUUCCAUUACUGAUGCUGUCGUAAAGAAACACUGGCAGAGUAAGGCAACAACUGUAUAUAGAAAUUUCAUUGCUAAAAUCAAAGAGAAAGGGGGCAAGAUUUUAUACAAGAAGAUUUCUGGAAAACGUGGCAGCGACUUUGCGCAGAUCCAAAGUGUGUUGAAAAGUCCAAAAUAA